AUGAGAGAUCCGAAGAGUAUUGUUCAUCAUCACCGACAGUGCGAAGAGGAGAAUGUCGAGCGCAAUGGAGACGAUGUCGCAAAGCAGCAAGAGACUACUCCCAUUGAUGAUCACUGCCCAAGCACAAUCCAUGGAAUGAUUGCUGCGCGUAUCAACACGGCCACCACCAAGACAUGGGAAACACAGCGACGCUCAAUCAAGCACACCCAAGCCACAUCCGACACGUCGGAUCCCUCCCCCAACAACCAAAGCGAGCGCGAAUUAAGCUCCGAUACCGACAGGACGUCCUACUAUGGAAGCGAUGACGAAAGCCGGAUGCGACACUUGAGCGAAGUGCUCAACGAGAAGGAAGAACUGUGCAAACUGCUCGAGUUCAAGGCCACCUGUUUCGAGCAGCAGUUGGCCACAAAGAAUAAUGACUACCAUGCGCUUCAGAAUAAGUACACGGAGCAGCGAAAACAACGCAUCAAUGAUAAGGCCAUGGUAGAUCAGUGGUGUGCAGAAGCCAUGGAGAUGAAAGAUCUUACUAAGAAGCAAGUUGAAGACCAUCAAGCUGCUAUUGAAGCAAGAGAUCAGGAGCGAGUGAAGCUCAUUGCUGACCACAAGGCCGAAAUCGAGGCAGUUAUCAACAAAGCUGCCAAAGAGCAAGACGAGAUCAAGGCCGCCCAUGUCCAAGAAUUGCGUGCGCUUACAAAAGCCAGCAAGACGAACCGGUUCGCAUGGGAAAAGGAGAAGAAGGCCCUGGAGGCCAAGUUCAGUCAGAUGGAUGGCGACGCCCAAGAUACUCGACGUGCCAACGAGGACGAGAUCCUGCGCUUGACCGAAUGCAAGCGCCGCCUCGAGGCCGAGAACGCGCUGCUCAUGAACAAUUUGAACCAAACCUCGAGCGAGACAACUAUUGAACUGGCUCAACAGUUCUUUCUGGAGCUCGAGGAUACACGAAGCGAGUUGGACAAGACGCGCAACGACUUGCAGAUUUCCAACAUCAAGAUUGAGAAUAUCCUCGAGGCAAUGCAGCAGCAGCAGGACCAUUAUGAAGCCCAUGGGGAUGAAGAGAGCGAGGCACGAGCACAAGUGUGCGACCUGCAGAGACAGGUUGUCAGUCUCGAAGAGAAGCUGGCUAUCUGCAACGACUUGCUUCGCAAUGGAGGCAACGAGCCAGCCGCCACCGACGCAGAUGGCAAUUCCAAAGUUGUCCUGCGAAACCAAGAACUCUACGACGAAGCCAAAGCCGUCCGUAAAGAGAAUACGGAACUUCUCGCCAAAUGCAACAAAGUCGACGAUGAGAACCUUGCACUCUCCCUGAAAAUCGACACUGUCGACGAAGAACUGCACGCCCUCCGCCGCAAGCAUACCAUCAUCCAGGACAACCAGCGCAAGCUGCGUAGAGAACGCAGUUUCCUUUCCAACGCGGUAAGAUCUCACUCCGGCCUCACGGCAGAAGACAAAGCAGCACUCGACGAACACCUCUGCCACAUGACCGAGGAAAAUGAGGAACUCCGUGUCGCCAACGAGAAUCUCAGUGCAGAAAACAAGGAGCUCGUCCAAGCCAUGCAAACCAUUGAAGAGAAAUGCAAGAUUGAAGUGGACAGUCACUGCAAGGCGGCUUCGUACUGGUACGAUCGCUACUUUGACGAAGCCGUCUGCAAAGUCGAACGCCUCACUGAGGAAAUCUCCCUCUUGAACCGCGAGCUCGGCCGCACCACCGAAGAGGCUCCCCCGCUGCAAGAGCGCCUAUCGCGCAAUGUCGUCGUCUCGAACCGCAAUGCGCUGCGCCACGCGUGCGACGUCACGCUUCGCGGUGUCAACACGGCGCUGAUCCCCGCCGAGUACUACGAACCGGGCUUUAGACCGGGCUGGCUCCCAGCGACGCAUGAUGCGCUGAGAGUACUGAGGCCACUGGGCUGGGCCCCGGUCGCGGAGCUUGGGAAGGUGUGGCUUGCGCCCAUAUAUAAGCCCUUCACGGAGGAGGACGCGGAGGCCAGGUUGGAGGCGGAGGCGCAGGUGGAGAGGAGGGCGCAUCGCAUUGCCAUGGGGUUCCCGGAGUUUCCUGAAGAUGAGGAGACUGCCGAUGGUAAUCAACCCAUUCGCACGAGGAACCGCGCACCGACCGUUGUCUACGAAGAGCCUAUUGCACCUGCGUAUAACCCUGCCUGGCAGAUGAAGCGAUCCGAUCUCACGAGGGAGGCAUACGAGGACAUGGAUGCGACGCUCAAGUUGGAUGUCCUCAAGAUGAUUGGUGUGGAGGUGGAAUGA